AUGCUUGGUUUCUUUCAUCCAACAAUAGAAAGGGAAUUCACUAUUGUUACCGCCCCUGUUUACGUAAUCCAUAAAGAAUCAGCUGGUAAUCUGAUUGGCUACUCAACAGCCAAUGAUUUAAAGUUGCUUCAAAUUAACAAUGUCAAUAACGUAUCAGCCAAUCAGAAAAUUAAAGACAACGCCUUCCAAAAUGUACCGAACGAUUAUCGAAAAAUCUGCGAAAAAUUCCAAUGUUUAUGUCAUAGAAAAGGAAAAUUUUUAAAUUAUAAAUGUAAACUAAAAAUCAACGAAAAUGUCCGUCCUAUACAACAACGACUUCGACGUCAACCGUAUCAACUUCGCAAAGCUAUCAAAGAAAAGAUCGAAUCGAUGGAAAAAGAUGGUUCAAUAAGCAAAGUCGAUUCACCUCAAGAAUGGUUAAGUAAUAUUGUCGUUACACCAAAAUGA